CUUCACCUUCUAAAUCUUGAGCAUCUCCUACCCUUCCACGCUGGACCAGUCUGCAGAGAAGAGACAAUGGCUUUUUAUCCCCUUCAGAUUGCUGGACUGGUUCUUGGGUUCUUCGGUAUGGUUGGGACGAUUGGCACGACACUUCUGCCUCAAUGGAGAGUAUCAGCUUUCAUUGGCAGCAACAUCAUUAUCUUUGAGAGGAUCUGGGAAGGGCUCUGGAUGAACUGCAUCCAGCAAGCUAUGGUCACGUUGCAGUGCAAAUUCUAUACCUCCAUUUUGGCUCUUCCACCAGUACUGGAGGCAGCACGUGCACUCAUGUGUGUGGCUAUUGCUCUUUCCUUGAUUGCUCUCAUUAUUGGCAUCUGCGGCAUGAAACACAUCCAGUGCACUGGCUCCAGUGAGAGGGUCAAAGCGUACCUGCUGGGAACCUCAGGAGUCCUCUUUAUUCUGACUGGUAUCUUCGUUCUGAUUCCGGUAUCCUGGACUGCCAACAUCAUCAUCAGGGAUUUCUAUGACCCAACCAUCCACGUUGGUCAGAAGCGAGAGCUUGGAGGAGCGCUCUUUCUUGGCUGGGCAACGGUUGCUGUCCUCUUCAUUGGAGGAGGGCUGCUCUGUGGAUAUUGCUGCUGCAACAGAGACAAACAGUGGCCCAGAUAUCCAGUCCCAGCGUACCGUGUGCCACAAAAAGAUAACCAAAGGAAGGUGACGGUGCCUAGCAAAACCUCAACCAGCUACGUCUAA